ACUACAAAAACAAAUUCGGAUGAUAUCGAAGACAAUCGACAAGGUUUUGCAACCAUGUCGUUUUAGUGACAAGCAAUGUUGUGGGAUCUGGGCCAGGUCCAUGGCAGGACCGCUUGGACUUCGCGGGGAGCUAGUGAAAAUUCUGAGAUUUUGCAGGGUAAGGCGCAGCUUUUGCAAAUCUUGAGGAGGUCAAGAAGUAGGGAAGAAUGGGCAGAUGCGGCUGCUGGCCUUUGUUUGGGGCAAAAAAUGGUUGCUUCCGAGUACGCAAAAACGAUCGAAGAAGCUUGUUGUUUUCGGAAACUUUGGGAAGUAGCGUUGGCUACAUUGGAAGACAUGCGUGAGCAAGGCAUCCCUCGCAAUGCGCCUGUGUAUGUGGCGGCAAUCAGAUCAUGUGGGAAAAGUGCUUGGAGACACGCGCUAUCGUUUUUGGACGAUAUUCAAGCUGAUCGGAUGGAACAGGGAACGGCCUCUCACAAGGCUACAUUGAAAGUGCUAGAACACGCUGGUCGCUGGAAGGAGGUGCUGGCGAUUUUGAAACGGAUGCAACAGAGCGGUCCAACGCCCGGUCUGGAAGAAUAUUCCUUGGCGUUACGGGUUUGUUGCAACAGGAGUCACAGGGUUGUCCAAGAGUUGCAGGCCAGUUUGGACGCUGUCAUACUUGGCAAUCAAGUAGAAAUGUGUGGGCCGGAUGAGUGGCAACAUGUUCUUGAACUUCUACAAGAGUUCGCAGCGAAGAAACUAGUGCCAGAUACGGUGGUUUACAGCUCGGCCAUCCAGAUCUUGGAGAAAAAUUGUUUUUGGGCUUAUGCUUUGCAGCUUCUGGGUGAAUGGCGCCAUGGAGGACACAACAGCGACACAGCCCUCUAUGGCACUACCAUCAGGUGCUGCUUGCGAGACAACCGGCUGGAGGAUGCAAUCUCUUUGAUGAAGGAGGCGAUAAAGUGGGAGCUGCGCCCUGACACAGAGACUUAUGAGGCUUUGAUCCUGGAUUGCAGUCUGGCUGGACAUUGGAAUUGGGCCUUCUUCUUUUUGAAGGACAUGAUCAAGGAUGAUCGGCCCGUGACUUCCACGGUGUACGAGUCUGUCCUCGAGGCAUGUCAGGUGGCUGGAGAAUGGAAGUGGGUGCUGACCGUCUUGAGCCUUUUUGAGGAGGCUAUGCAACCUACCAAAAAGGCAUAUUCAGCAGCACUCUUUGCAUGCCAAGAGGCACAGGAAUGGGAAUGGGUAAAAAUCUUGCAGCAGAAGUUGACGUUGCGAGAGAAGGUUGAAAGCGCCGCCGAAUAUGGCGGCCAGCCUCUCGCUUUGGCUCACCUACAAGCUGUCCAAGGAGACGGAGACGUGAAAAGCACAAGCGUGGCCGCUGCUUUGCAAAUGAGUCGCAGCCACACAAGUUCUUGGCAAGGAGCACUUCUGUUUCUUCGCGAUCUUCAACGACGGCGAAUUCGAGCAACAGCCAUGGCUUUCAACUCAGUGACCGAUGCUUGCAGAAGAGGCGGAGAGAUUCAAAAGGCGCUUGAUUUGCUAGAAGAAAUGCAGCAGGCGGAUUUUGACCCCGACGUUGAAAUCUACAAUGAUCUUGUCAGUGGAUUGCAGCCCGGAAAAGCCAAACAGACUCCACCAGCUAUCCGGCAAAGCUGGUCAAUGGCUCCUGGCAGCUUCAGAAUUGUGAGGUCGCUUCCAGGGAGUCAUUCUGGACAUGCCAAAAAGCGUCGACAAGUUCCGCCGCCGUAGGUCAGACGAGCGGCGUUCUUAUUGUUGUAGACAGCCCAACAACAUGGUCACUGUAUAUUUUUCCCUCAGCGCAAACACUUCUUGAUUUUGGACAGCAGGGAUUCAGGGCGCGUGGCGGUGGAAGCCAUUGCCCCUGCAGAUCCUACUAUCCCCAGCUGCGGUAUUCCACAGACUGCGGACCAACAUGAAGGCAAAGCAUUGGUCAACUGUGCCCACCAAUCCAUUAACAAAAGGAUCUGGCCGCGUGUUACAAACAGAAGAUGCGCAGUCUGGAGUGAUUCCCGGAGAACACGAAGCAGAACCAACAUGCAUCCGAUCUGUUGUAGAUCGGCUGGUAAGCCCCAGACAGCAUCCGUACAAGUCAGGGCGCACAAAAAGACGAGCCGUGAGAUUCAAGCCAGCUAAGUCCUGGCCCCAGCAAUAAGUGCCACUCAUAGAUGGCCAUCCCAACACCCAAACAAGGUCAAAGAUGUUGUUGUCAAAAGUGCCUCUGAAGGGAUCCAGCCGAAGGCAUCAGGAGCCAAUGGAAAAGCCAUCUCAGUCGAUGUGUCCGGGCUUGCCAUUCGCGUCUCUAAUAGAAUCACAGCGCUGUUCAGUGGGAUGUCCGCCUGAGAUCCAUCUUCUUGGGAUAGCGCCAGCGUUGGAGGCAAGUCGCCAACGGAUGGUAUAGCACACCUGCCAGUCAAUUCAGCGCCUUCAGUCCAUCUCAAUGAUAAACGCGCGGCCUUGCAAAUCCUGUGGCCCGUAAAGAGGCCACAAGGAGCGCCAAUCAAGUAACGCCCAACUAAGUGUUAAUACUGAACGAAGCUAGACAGCUGCAUGAGUCACGUGCUCAAUUGUACAGACUGAAACACCAACGAAGGAAGCGAAAGGAAGUGCCGCAAAAGAAAUCCCGGAAAACGUCCAUAUAACGAAGAUCGUCCGUGGUGUUGGGACGACUCCCGAGGUUCUGCCGACACGGCUGCGCUGCUGGUAAAAUUCUAGCCUAGGGUUCCCAGCAGACUCGUAACUACAACCUGACUGACGCUUGUUUCUCCCGGUGAAGCUUCUGAUAAGAUUUACGCAAAGCAAUCACAGAUCAAAUUAACCAUGGAGGCGAGCGUGAACUACCUUGAGUUCACGUAAUUGCUGGAUCAAAAAUCAGGCCCCAGUGCGACGCUGCCGGCUCAAAUGUUGACUGCGCUCUAAGAUUUUGAUCAGUUGCAGUGGGCUUUUAAUGGCGCAUGAUGGGCCCCUCUAAAAGCAGACAGAGGCCUUUGGCAACUUAGCGCUAGGUUUGCAAGAGAUUUGGUUUGAUUGCGUUUGCGCUGCGCGUUUAGCAGGUUGUUGCUGAUAUAGCUGGCCCUUCAGUGAGGAUUUGGUGGGAAGGUUCUCAUGGCUCGAAACCUGCAAGGACCCAUAUUGCUGUGGUACAUGAACCCUAGUCGCCCUAGAAAUUUACAACAAUUAAUAAUUCCCUAGUAUCCUGGAGAAUCUGAGGAGUGAGCAGUUUGAUGGGGCAACAAAGUUCUCGGACAAGGUCCUUUGCCCAUAUUAUAGCCUGCUUGCGUAAAGCAUGUCAUGGCUCCGGCUCCGGCUGCUCCGCCUUCUUGCUGCAAGACCACAGGGGAGUUUCGUCUGGAUGCUGGCGCUUGGUUUUUCAUUUGUUUACCCCGACAGUCUUUUGUCAUGUGUCGGGCCUUUUUGGACCACAGGGCUGCUACCGCCAUGUUUGGUCUAUCUCGAGCUGAACCUAGGCCAUUAGAUCAAGAGGAAGAAGACAGCGAAUAAUCCAAAUGAUCGCAAAAGUUGAGCUAUACCAAGUAGUGGUCCAAACAUGUUCUGUUUCUGCCCUGACUUACACAAGUGUAGCACAGACCACGCAGGUAAGCAGAGGGCGCAACACCUGCAACACCCCGAGCUGAAGUUUUAUUCGUUGCAGCUGCAGUGGUUGUGUCUACGCCGCUGCUACAUGCUUCUGCAGCAUGCCCAUUUUGCUCUGCUGAAUUUCACAGCCACAGCUGUGGAGCUCAUCUUUGAAACACUCCUAAGCCCGCCGAACAGCCUGAAGGAGAAAGAAAUAGGCACCUUUGGCGUGUU